AUGGCUGCCAUCAUCGCCACACCACCACUGCCAACCUCCAUCUUGCCUGCGCUACCGGUGAAGUUGCUCAUUCCCGCCAUAGCACUUCCUGUUGGCAUGACCAUGCCAUCAGACAUGGUCAUACCACUCUGCAUGACCAUACCGUCGGACAUGGUCAUACCACUUUCCAUCGACAUUCCCUUAGACAUGGAAGACAUCGCGGACUUCAUGGCAGAGUUCAGCGAUGAAGCGCCCGAAGAAAGGGCUGCUUCGCCUGUCGGGGCGGGCUUGUUAUCCCAGGCCAUUGUGACGGGAGGCGCGGAGGGAGACAUCAUCGGGACCAUUGAUGUUAUGGUGGAGGAGCUUUGUGCGAGUGCGGUGGGAGCGAAGGCCGCGGCGGCACCGAUGAUCAUGGAGGAACGCAUGGCGGGGUGUGUGAUCGUGUGA